UCCGCACACGUGCUUCUCAUUCAUCUUCCCCUGGAUCAAUACACACCUCGAGUGUUAAUAUAGUUUGCUUGAUUCCUUUAAGCAUGGAUGUUCAUAAAUCUAAAUUAUCAUUUAUGUUCUUUAUUAAACCCGUUGUGCUGAUAUUGUAACACACACACACACACACACACUCCUGCAGUCAUGCAGCAGAGCAGUAGUGUUACUCGCUAUCUUAUCUUCUUCCAAUACCUCGGAACCAAAUACAGUGGGGUGAUGAAGGCUCCUCCACACCAGCCACUACAGGGAGUGCAGAACCAUUUAGAGAACGCAGUGCGAAGUCUAAAGCCUGUAAACCAAGUGUCGGUGUCCAUCUCCAGUCGAACAGACACCGGCGUGCAUGCGCUCUGUAACUCCGCACACCUAGACAUCCAGCGCAGAGGAGACAAACCUCCCUUUACUGAGCAAGUCCUGACUGAUGCCUUAAACUUCUUUUUAAAGGCAGAGCCAAUCAGAAUCACGAGAGCCUACUGUGUACCGAAUGACUUUCACGCCCGCUAUCGUGCCAUAUCAAGAACCUACGUCUACCGCUUGGCCACGGGAAUCAGCCGUCACGCUGAGCUGCCCAUAACUGAGAAGGAUUUUUGCUGGCCUUUAUGGAACACGCAGCUGAACGUAGACGCCAUGCGGGAGGCGGGAGCCGUGUUACAGGGAACACACGAUUUCAGCACCUUCCGUGCACUCAGCUCAGAUGCACCGUUCAAGAACCCGGUGAAAACCAUGGAUCUAGUCCAGGUACAGCCAGGCCUCUCCUUCAGCCAGCGCCACUUCCGUAGAGACAUCCAGUUUUGGGAGCUCACCUUUAAAAGUAGGUCCUUUUUGUACAAACAAGUGCGGAGGAUGGUCGGGGCGUUGGUUGCCGUCGGCCGGGGUGAGCUCUCCGUCAGACAGGUUCAGGAUCUGUUAGACACCAGGGACUCUAUGGCCUUUCCUCAAAACAUGGCGGCUCCACCCUACGGCCUGUUUCUGGUCAACGUGGAGUAUAAUGACUCGGAUCUGAAGCCUUACAGAGGGAACACUGACUGACUGACUAUAAAAGAGAAAGGAGCACACAGCAACAUGCAAAUAAUGUACACGUAUAGAAAAAAUAAAUUUAGUAUUUUGUAUGUA